UCAGAUAGAGAUCAACCGUUCAAGCCUAAAGAAUGGCCUCACAUAUCGCACAAGUUUUCGUUGUCAUUCUCGCGAUUGUACUGUUAAAUAGUUGUUUUGCUCAGCUCACUUUUAGUCCAAAUUGGGGUAAAAGAAGUGCUCCCAAUCAACUGGAUAUCGGUAAUUCGGCAACUUCAAAUCUCAACAAUAAUAAUGACAACAACAUUGGAGAUACAGCAUACCGCUUUGGAACAGCACGCAAUUUGAAUCUCAACAAUUGCAAACCAUCGAUUGAGUCUUUGAUGAACAUUUAUCGCAUGAUUUCGGCCGAAGCUGAAAAAUUGGAUGACUGCGCACAAAAAUAAAAGAGAAAAGGAAUCCAACUGAUUGCCCCCCUUCAAAUGACAACAAAUAUAAAGUGGAAACUAAAAAUGUAGAAAUGGAUAUUUUAAUUUUCAAAAUUCAAGUGAAAAUAUAAAAUGUAAUUUGUUUUCGAUUUCAUAGCAACUUUAUGCAACAUUUAAAAAAAUAAAAAU